GGACGUGAGUUUGUGUGGCUCCCUUGGUCCCAUCUUAGCUACAUUGUAAUCAGAGCGAAGAGGAAAAGAGGACUCGUCCAUAUUACAGCUGCUGUUUCAGCGGUUUCCAUGGCGAUGGACCCUCCCGGCGGGCGAGAUGAGCGUCGCCGUCAGGCAGAGCGUCUUCGGCGGGAGGAGGCGUACUAUCACUUCAUUAAUGAGCUGAGCGAGGAGGAAUAUCGGCUGAUGAGAGACAGCAACCUCCUCGGCACACCUGGUGAAGUGACAGCUGAGGAGUUGAGACAGCGACUGGACGGAGCGAAGGAACGCGUGUCUUCCCAGCCGCAUCCUGAAACACGCCCACAGAACAGUGAGACGGGACAGGAGGGCAGCAGUGGAGCUGCUGAACCAGGUGCGGAGAGCACUAAUGGCGACUCUCUACUAGAGUGGUUGAACACGUUCCGUCGCACGGGCAAUGCUACCCGCAGCGGUCAGAGUGGCAACCAGACGUGGCGCGCCGUCAGUCGCACAAACCCCAACAGCGGAGAGUUCCGUUUCAGCCUGGAAAUCAACAUCAAUCACGAGCAGCCUGAGCCGGGAGAGCACAGCGACACGCCUGACCCUGCCGAUCUUCCUGUGCCCCCACCGCCACGGGCUUCUGCAUCUAUACGUGUGCCCCAGAGGCCAGUGCCAUAUUCGACCCACCACCCUGCCCCUUAUUCUACAGUCCGGCCCACACUGGGGAGGAGGGCUCAGGCACGGCGCACUCGCAGCAGCACAACUCCGCCCAUAACACCUCCUCUUAUGUCCCAGACUCCGUAUACAGCUUUACGAAGGAACCUCACGCUCCCUCAGCCAGCCCCUCCACCUCCUCCCCAAGCCCCACCCACUUCUCAGUCCCAAAGCCAGGACAGUGGUAAUGGUGGUAAUGUUUUGGGUCAAGCACAGGCCCCAGCUCCCUCACCUAUUAACAGUGAGGGACAGGAUUCUAAUGAGCUCCCAGAUUGUCCGGACACUGUGUCUCAGUCUGCCCUGCAAGGGGCAGUGACUAGUCGUACAAGUAGGACUCGUUCACGUGGCCGUGUGCGCCGGACAACUGGGUCCAGCGCCCUUCCACGCUCCUCUCGCCGUAGCCGCUCCCCUCUGGACAGAAACCCCGCCCCCAGUCCUAGCCCCACUCCCAGCGGCGAGACACCUGGUGCACUAGAAUCCGGCGAAAGUACGACGGUUGCCAUGGAGACGGGCGAGGCAGCCGAAGAAACGACAACGGCCCCUGUGGACCCUGUUCCAGACACCCAGGCUUCAGAGGAGGGCGAGGCGACCGCUCAAGGUGGAGCAGUAGGGAGGGCCGGAGCAGGAAGUGGGGCCAGACGCCACCCCACCAUCAUGCUGGACCUGCAGGUGCGACGCAUCCGACCCGGAGAGAACAGAGAUCGGGAUAGCAUAGCCAGCCGCACUCGCUCGCGAGCCCGUGCAGCAGAGAACACGGUUACCUUCGAGAGCGACAGUGGUGGCUUCCGGCGCACCAUAUCCCGCUCAGAGCGGGCUGGCAUUCGCACUUACGUCAGCACCAUCCGCAUCCCUCUGCGGCGCAUUUCUGAGACGGGCUUGGGGGAGCCCAGCUCCACUGCACUGCGCUCCAUCCUGAGACAGAUCAUGACUGGCUUCGGGGAGCUCAGCUCACUCAUGGAGACCGAAGCAGAUUCGAGCUCCACCCCCAGCCAGAAUGGAGGCCACACCCCUGGAACCCAGAGCCUACGUGCCCAAGGGAGUGAAGGAGUGCCAGGCCAUCACGGGGCAGAGUCAGAAAGAGAGAGUGGAGCUCCAGGAGAGGCAGGACAGAGAUCAAAUGGUCCAGACGUUCGCCCCAGCGGCCGAGACACCAACAACCUGGUAGAAAAUGGCACGCUGCCUAUCCUGAGGCUGGCUCACUUCUUCCUGCUGAACGACGAGGAGGACGAUGAGCACCCACGAGGCCUCACCAAAGAGCAAAUCGACAAUCUGGCCACGCGCACCUACGGCCAGGCCAGCCUGGAGGGCGAGCAGGGGCGGGCCUGCAGCGUCUGCAUCAAUGAGUACGCCCAGGGCAACAAGCUGCGCAGCUUGCCCUGCGCCCACGAGUUCCACAUCCACUGCAUCGACCGCUGGCUCUCAGAGAACAACACCUGUCCCAUCUGCAGGCAGCCCAUUCUGUCCGGACAUCAGGACUGACAACGGGAUGCCUUCAGACCCCGCCCCUUCACAGUAACCCCCACCGGCCCAUUGACUGACUGACUGACUGAAAAUUUCCAUCAUUGGUGGCACCUGUACAUAGCGCUUCAAUCAAUGUUUUCAUUCAUUGAGACCCACUGUAUUCAGCUGAAGGUAGAACCAAAAAAAGGAAAAAAGAAACAACACAGAGAAUUAACAAAGCUUUAUUUUUUUAGACUUUUUUUUGUUUUGUUCUCAGCUUUUUUUUUUUUCUUUUCAGUCCACAUGGUCUCCUCUCUGUGACCUCCCCCAUUGUGCUUCAGGGUCACAUUAACAAGACGUUUAACUGUGAUGAAUCAGUGUUAGCAAGAGCUAAUCAGUCUCACUUUUCAUUUUGAUUUCUGUGGCUUCAUAAAAAGGAUGGAUUUUACAGAUCGACCUCUAAACUCAAGACUCAAGAGGACAUGUAAAUAUACGAAUGCCUGUGUUUUUUGAGGUUUGACGUUUAGAAAGAUACUUAAGCUCCUCUGUAAAUUUGUUUUAACAGCCUUUAGUUUUAAGCGCUUGCAGCUGAAUCCUUCGUUUUGAAAGCUCUUAUGGCAGAAUCUUCCAUUUUAACGCUCUUUUAGCGCGUUUUCAAUCGGAGUGUGCCAGUUAACCCGAUGAUUGAUCUCUGCUCUAAUUUGGUUGUAUAAGUUUUUAGCCAUUGCAGUCUUUUAUGUGAAUUCAUGGGUUUUUAAAAAUGAUCAUUUGAAAUAGUAAUGAGCCACCUAACAAACACUACAUGCAUAUAAUGAUGAAAUAGGCUUAUACUGGACUCAAUUUGAAUGUUAUUUACAUUUCUGUACCGUUUCUGGUGCGAAGAAGUGGUUCACAUCUGCAGAUCAGAAUAUUUAACUGUUGUAUUGUCGGGCCCAUUGAGUGCAUGCUUGAUUUGUCUUUUUUUUUCCUGCAUAUGAACACGAAGUGCUGUAACACCCACAACACAGGUCACAAUAUUUUAAUGGUGAGUGAUAAUCAAUUAGUCUAUUUUUUGUUGUUGUUUUUUUUCUGAAGCACUUGUAGGAGCAGCCCUAUAGGGUAAUGGUGUCGGCCUAUCAUAGGCCAAAUCUCUAAACAGGUUGUGCAAUGGUUUGGAAAGGAAUUGAAGGGUAUUGAAUGAUUUUAUUAGUGAAGAUAUUUCAUUUUACAACCCCUUUGGUUGUUUUUUCUCUUUUUACUGGUGUAUCCAGUAUGUAUUAUGCUCUCUGGAUAUCAGGUGGUUUAGCUCCUUGCCCAGCACUUGCUGUCUGCAUUUUGAGGUGUUUUCGGUGUAGUUUUUCCAGUCUGAAGGCCUUGUCUUCCAAGCCUUUUUUUAUUUGUUCAUAUUGGGCCAUUUCAUAUGUUUAUUUAUUUGCUUCAUUUCUGCAGAUCACUUGGAAUUUAAUGACCAUAUACAAUGAGAACUGUACCCCCUUUUAACCAUUCAUUUUUUAAAACUGAAAGACACCUUAAAGGUCUACUCCAGGGUUAGGUAUAAGGUAUACUGCGGUAUUUUAAAAAUGCUAGUAUUUCAAAAUUGUGAUGUCAGAUUUCGAUUCCACACAUUUAUAUUUUAGAGUGGUCACUGAUCGGUGGGGUGGGAGCUCACUGAUAAGUGGCACUGCUAAAAAGAGGGGAAAAAAUCAGAGCCAGGAAGACAUUAGGAAACGAAUCAUGUUAGCCGCUCAGCAACAGCUAAGAGCUACACACCACAGGACACGCACAAUUUCAGCUUUCACUCCCAACGCUGGUCACUCAGUUCUGUGCUUUUAGAUAUUCUCUAAACAGGUGUCAUUUUUAGCAUUUAAGCCUGUGCUGUGGUGUGUGGCGCAUAUGACUUGUUAGCUUCUCAGUCGCCACAGAACAGGUUUGAUUUCAGCUUUCGGUCAUUCCAACACCAGUCACUCGAUUUUGCUCUCUCAGAGUAUCAUCUACACUUUUUUCAGCAGAGCACCACCUAGUCAUAAUUGAACCUGUUCUGGUUCUUUGAACCACACCUGGUGUGUGGGUCUGUAACCUCCUCGCUAAGCUAACAUCACUUCAGUAAAAUUCAGCAAAGUUGAGCAACUGGUGCUGAAGGGACAGAAAGGCAAAAUUAAACUUGUUCAGUGGUGUUUAAUUUUGCCUUUCUGACCCUUCAGCGCCAGUUGCUCAACUUUACUCUCUCAAAUUUAAAUCGUUAUCAUCUAAACUUGUGUCGGUGCUUCAUUUCGCCAGAAUUGAACAUGCUCUGUGGUGAGCAGCGAUGUUAUCAUGCCAGCUAAGCUAAUGCUAGCCAGCUCCUCUUUCCUCUUUAGCAGCACUGUUUGACAUUUAACAGUUGUUAAGAUAGAUGGCUUGACAUUUAUUGAAUGAUGGCUUGAAAAUCAUGCACUGCAUUCACUUAUUUGGUGAUGUAAGCAAACUAAACUUUUUGAUUAUUUUCAAUUUUGAAAUAACACAGGAAAUGAUGGCACAAAAGCGAUAUGCUUUUAUGUCACUUUUGACACUUUUACCUACUUAACAUCCUCCCGGCCCAUUAAUACCGUAUACCACGGUAAUGUUUGUGAACAGAUCCAUCUCCAUCUUCCACACAGCUCCUGCCCAUUAGCUUCUAUAGUUUUUCUGUUUCUUUCUAAGUACAGAGACAUUAUCGUUCAUGUAAAUAACUGUAUGCUAUGGCAAAGAAAGAACAGAACAGGUUUAAAAAAUCCUGGAGUACUCCUUUAACAGAGUGCAGCACUCAAUGUUGAUUUCAAACCUUUUAUUCCUAAUGAAGGUGAAAAAUGUGAAUUGAAAUUUUAGUGGAUGUAAAACUAAAACAGCAAGAAAGGCAUUUGAGUUUGAGUGGCAGAAUGAAGAUUGUCAACAAUGCUUCUGUAUUCUUAUCCUAGAAGAAUCUCCUCUGCAUGAUGAGGCUAAUAUACAUGCAGUGCUGCUUGGUCACCCCUAGAGGCAUACACUGAGCAACCAAAUGGGAAAAUGUUAAAGGGGAAUUCUGCUGAUUUUGUCAAAAUUGCUGCCUAAUUCAAAUGUAGACAUGUACAAAGUCACUCAGAGAAGUUUGGUUGAAAUGGUUCAUUUUAGAGAACUUGCAGACUUGGAUUUCUUUACAAUGGUGGUGAUAGGAACCAGGGGUCAUGCUCCAAGUAAGUACAGCCAUUUUCUGGCUAUUGAAACUGACCAGUGGACCUACACAUGCCUGGGAGUUAUGUUGAUAAUGGUAAUAUAGUUAUAAAGUUAUUUUUCCUUUGGGAGCUGUUCUGCCUUACAACACCCUGCAUGUAACACUCUUCCAUGCAUGUAUUUUAGGCCAAAAGCGUAUAACAAAACUAUGUCCCAGGUGUCAACCUACAUAUUCAUAACUACUUUGUGUAAUAACAUUCUGCAUAAGUUAAAGAAGCGCUGUGAGCGUCUGGUUCCUAUCAUCACCACUGUGAACAAUUCUGACUUGGUUAGUUUCUCGAGAAUGGAGUGUUUCACAUCUGACCACUCUGAAUGGCUUUGUUUACAUCUUAACCAUUUAAUUAUGCAGAAACUUCAAAAAUCAGUGACAUUCCCCUUUAAUGCAGUGCUUCAUUUCUUCCUGAAGAGUUUAAUCGGUACGCUUUUCAACCACAAAACCUUGCAGUUUCAGUUAGACUUCAGUGUCUCUAUUUAAAGGAAACAUUAGGAAAAGUCAGUGAAGUUUUCUUAACAUUUUAUUUCCAGAUGUAGUGGAAUAUCCUUAUGUUUAGUGUGUGUGUGUGUGUGUGUGUGUGUGUGCUGGCCUAUGUGUGCGUUCUGUGUGUAUGCUUCAAAGAGUGUGUGUUUGUGUGAGAGUGUGGCAGAGUGGUCUUCAAUGAGUCAUUCAUCUGAAUGUCCAUCAGAGAGUGUGAGGGGUCUUCGGUCAUUAAGUCCAGAAUGAAUUAUUUAGUUCCUAUUUAAUGAGAUAAGAAAUGACAACAUUGAAAUAUGACUAUGUAUUAUGUUCUAAUGUGAUGCUAAAACAGUUAAGAAGAAUAUGUAUUCUGUUACUAUGUAAUAAAAUAAGCAAAUUGGUUUUCUUCUCUGCUCCUUAACAAUGAAAUUAAAUGCAAGGUUUGUUAUGCCUGUA